AUGGGCAGUGGUGCCAACAUACAGCUACUGAGAGGGCCCCUGCUGCCAGCCGCGUUCCGUGCAAGAGACGAGUUCCUGGCGGUCUUUUGGGCAGACGACGGAGCGCGGCUGCGUCGAGCGCUCGCCGGCGUCCUGGAGAAGGCGUUUGCACCGCGGCAGGUGGCCGGCACCGUGCAGCCUUCUGCAGAGCCAUCGGCGCGUGUACUCGAGGUGAUGAUCCCAGAAGUGGCGUGUCGGCACCUCAUCGGUGCGCGAGGGGACCGCAUCAAGCUCCUUCGCGAGGAGUCGAGCUGCGAAAUCCACCUUUCUCCUGGAAAUGUGGCUGGCAUUGCCGCGCAGCGUCGCGUAAAGUGCAACGGGUUGGUCACCAACUUGGUGGAGGCAGCGGCCCGCGUGCACGAGGUGCUGGUGGAAUUUGCCGAGAUCGGCAUCCUCUCCCUGAGACAUUUCGACCUCCAAGAAGUGCCAGUAGGCGAGCAGGAGUCAGGGCAGAACGGGCCUCGCCGGCCUUUGGGCCCAGGACUUGCUGGCAUCGCGCGGCGUGAGGCCCGCAAUGCCCGAGUCGCUGUGCGGCAGCUGGUGGUGGCUGAGGAAUGUGGUUGGUUGAUUGGCAAGCGCGGGAACAAAAUCCACAAGCUCCGGGAGCUUGCUUUAGUCGCAACCCGGGAUGGAGACGAGGAGCUGUGCCACGACCGCCCGCGCUCCGUAGUCGAGAUCUUCGGGGCCACUAUGCCGAAAUGCCUCUGCGUGUUGCAGCUGAUUGUGGAUGACUUGGAGUUGUUCCCGGAGGUGGUUCCCACCACGACGCUCCUCCUCCCAAAGAAUCUGCUGCCCUUCGCCCCGCUUGGCUUUGAUGAGGUGCCUGGGGCAAAAUGGUCGGGUAGCAAGCGCACCAGCUAG